AUGAUGAUUGUUACCUGUGUCGCCAUUCUUGCCGUGGAUUUCCGAGCCUUCCCACGCCGAUUCGCUAAGGUCGAGAAUUGGGGCACCUCGUUGAUGGACAUGGGCGUGGGCUCAUUCGUUUUCUCGGCUGGUGUGGUUUCUGCUCGUGCACUUCUAAAGAGUCGGGCCUCCAGUUCCCCCAAAGGUGCUUUUUCAAAGAGACUCCUUGGCUCAAUGCGACAUUCCAUUCCAUUGCUCGUGCUGGGUCUCAUUCGGCUCUGGACUGUCAAGGGCCUUGACUAUGCGGAGCAUGUCACCGAAUAUGGAGUUCACUGGAACUUUUUCUUCACUCUUGGCUUCUUGCCUCCAUUUGUGGAGAUAUUCGACUCAUUGACGGUGUUGAUUCCCUCCUACGAGACGCUGUCCAUUAGCAUUGCCAUCAUCUACCAGGUUCUGCUAGAGUCCACCGACUUGAAGGCUUAUAUUUUGAUCUCUCCCCGAGGCGAGGACCUUAUUUCUAAGAACCGCGAGGGAAUCUUCUCAUUCCUAGGCUAUUUGGCGAUUUUUCUCGCUGGAAGGGGUGUUGGAGCUCGCAUUAUUCCUCGAGGAACUUCCUCGAUAAAAUCGCCCCAGCAAGCUCGCAAGUCUGUGCUGAUCAGCUUGACACUGCAAGUACUGUUCUGGUCGAGCUUGUUCUUCUUCAACUCUACCUACGCAUUUGGCUACGGCGCUGGAAUCCAUGUGUCGCGUCGCCUUGCAAAUAUGCCAUACGUAUUGUGGGUGUCAGCUUUCAACAGUGCGCAGCUGCUUCUGUUCUGCCUGGUCGAGACUGUGUUCUUCCCUGCUGUUCAUCGAGCGAGCAGCAAAGAAGAUGAAGGAGAAAGGACUUCAUUUGCCACGAGUCGCGUUUUGAGGGCAUUCAAUCACGGUGGACUUGCAAUCUUUUUGAUUGCCAACCUGCUGACAGGUGUGGUGAAUCUGAGUAUCCCAACCCUGGAUGUCAACGUGCCUCAAGCCAUGGCCAUAUUGGUUGUCUACAUGGCGAUCCUCACUGGCAUUGCCCUGGGUAUGGAAAAGGCCAACCUCAAAUUGCGCCUAUAG